AUGGAGGGUGAGAUUAUGAAUCUCAUGAAGGUGUGGCUCUCAGUUGUCGUCUCUUUAUGCUACUGUUAUUGGAUCCGAAAGCUUAUUCCUGCAGGAACAAUACGACUCUUGCUUUUUCUUCCGAUCGUCUUGUUAUUCAUUGUGCUUCCUCUGAGUCUUUCUUUUGUGCACUUCUGUGGCAUCACAGGGUUCUUCAUUUCUUGGCUAGGAAACUUCAAACUCUUGCUCUUAGCUUUCGACAAGGGACCUCUCUCCUCCGACGCAUUUAUCUCUCUUCCACGUUUCGUAGCAGUGGCAUGUUUCCCCAUCAAAUGUUCUUCAGCUGAAAAUGGUAAAACCCCACAUCCACAUUCGUCCAAAAGUUUCGGUUUUGACACGAACCCAUCUUCAAUAAAGCCAAACUCUGUUACCAAACAAAACUUAUCCGGGGUACCAUCCAAGAAGGACGGUGGUACCCCACUUCUAGGGUAUGCCCUAAAGGGUAUUGCUGUGGGCAUUUUGGUGAAAAUCUAUGACUACAGUGAGAGUAUCAAUCCGAAUGUCCUUAUGUGCAUGUACUGUUUCCACAUUUACUUCAUGUUGGAAAUAAUCUUGGCGGUGGUCGCAGCAGCGGCGAAAACCUUGCUGGGGAUGGAGCUGGAGCCGCAGUUCAAAAAUCCACUCCUCUCGACCUCACUCCAAGACUUCUGGGGAAGGAGAUGGAAUCUCAUGGUCACCAGCAUCCUCCGACCAACGGUGUACGAACCAACCAUGAAAGCAGCAUUGAAGAUUGUUGGUCCCACGUGGGCCCCAUUACCGGCAGUGAUGAGCACCUUCGUGGUGUCGGGUUUGAUGCACGAGUUGAUACUGUUCUACAUGGGGAGGUCGGAGCCCACCUUCAGAAUGACGGGCUUUUUCCUCCUUCAUGGGUUGGGUUUGAUGGUGGAGAUUGCUUUGAAGAGGGCCCUCACCGGCAGGUGGCGGUUGCCGAGGUUUCUGUCGGGGCUUUUGACCCUCGUAUUUUUCAUGGCCACCUGCUUUUCCCUGUUCCUGCCGGAGUUCAUCCGCUGUCGGAUUCAAGUCAGGGCGGUUGAGGAAUACGUCGCCUUGGGCCACCUUCUUACACCUCUCAGUUCCUCAUUCUCAGCCAUCUUUCAUAACAAAUCUUAG